UAAAUGAGCCAACAGAAUCUAACAUUGCUGACGGAAUUCAUUCUGAUGGGAGUCACAAGGCAGCCUGAGCUUCAGGUUCCCCUGUUUGGAAUCUUCUUCAUCAUCUACACAGUCACAGUGGUGGGCAAUCUGGGCAUGAUCAUCAUGACCCAGGUAGAUUCCCAUCUACACACACCUAUGUAUUUUUUUAUCAAACACCUGGCUUUCAUUGAUCUUGGUAACGCUACUGCCAUUUGUCCCAAGAUGCUGGUAAAUUUUGUUGUGGAUAAAAAUACCAUUUCCUAUUAUGCAUGUGCCACACAGUUGGCUUUCUUCCUUAUGUUCAUAAUCAGUGAAUUUUUCAUCUUGUCAGCCAUGGCCUAUGACCGUUAUUUGGCCAUCUGUAACCCUUUGCUCUACAAUGUUAUCAUGUCCCGGAGACUUUGUCAUGUGCUGGUAGGCAUUCCAUACGUCUAUAGUACCUUUCAGGCUCUAACGUUUACUACUAAGAUUUUUACAUUGACCUUCUGUGGCUCUAACAUCAUCAGUCAUUUCUACUGUGAUGAUCUUCCCUUGUUACUUAUGCUUUGCUCAAAUGCAAGAGAAAUAGAAUUGUUGAUCAUAAUAUUUUCAGCACUGAAUUUGAUCUCUUCCCUCAUGGUAGUCCUAGUGUCCUACAUACUCAUUCUGAUAGCCAUAUUUCAAAUGCAUUCCACAGAGGGGAGGAAAAAAGCUUUCUCCACAUGUGGUUCUCAUUUGAUGGUGGUGGUUGUAUUCUAUGGGUCUCUACUAUUUAUGUACAUGCAGCCCAAAUCCACUCAUUCUUUUGAUACUGAUAAAAUAGCCUCUGUGUUUUACACUUUAGUGAUCCCCAUGCUUAACCCCUUGAUCUACAGCUUAAGGAACAAAGAGGUAAAAAAUGCAUUUCACAGAGUUUUUAAGAAUCAGUGCAAACUUUGUAGCUAA